AAAUACGGACCAUAUAUGUAUCACUCUAUUGCAUCUCUGUGUAGUCUGAUAACACAGAAAUGGGGACUGAACAGUACAGACCCUUUACUGAAACUCAUGUCUUAGCGCUUCCUUUGCCAUUCCAAGGCCAUAUAAAUCCAAUGCUUCAAUUCUCUAAGCGUUUAGCCUCUAAAGGGCUCAAAGUCACACUACUCUCCUUCAUUGACAAGCAAAUAACAAGAACCAAACAUGGCUCUGUUAAUAUAGAGUUCAUCUCUAGUGAUGGUAAUAAAGAAGAUGACUAUUUCCAGAACUUGAAGUCUAUAGUGUCAAUAAAAUUGCCGGAAAUCGUCGCUAGAAAUGGCGAGUCUGGUUACCCUGUAAGUUGUCUUCUUUAUGACUCUGUAAUGCCAUGGGCUUUAGACAUAGCAAGAGAGCUUGGGCUCUUUGGUGCUUGUCUCUUUACACAGUCUUGUGCUGUCAGCACUAUAUACUAUAAAGCUCAUGAAGGGGCGCUGAGUACUCCUGUUGAGAAGGUUCCUGUGUCGAUAGAAGGGAUGCCAUUGCUUGAUCUUUAUGACUUACCAAGUUUCUUUUUUGAUUUGGAGAAUUACCCUACUGUUUUAACUCUUUUGGGUAAUCAGUUUUUGAAUACUGGGGAUGCUGAUUGGGUAUUUUUCAACACUUUCUGUGAAUUGGAAGAUGAGGUGAUAAACGGUAUGAUAGCAAGGAAAUUCCCAAUAAAACCAAUAGGACCAAGUAUUCCAUCAAUGUUCUUAGACAAGAGAAUACAAGAUAACAAAGAUUAUGGUCUGAACCUCCACAAGCCUAAUAUAGAAAAUUACAUGAAGUGGCUAGACUCAAAUGAAACUUGCUCAGUAAUUUAUGUGUCAUUUGGAAGCCUAUGUGUAAUGGGUGAAAAGCAAAUGGAAGAAAUAGCAUUUGGCUUGAAGAGAAGCAACCAUUAUUUCUUAUGGGUAGUAAGGGAAUCAGAAGAAGAAAAGCUUCCAAGCAAUUUUGUGGAGGAGACAAUGGAGAAGGGCAUGAUUGUAACUUGGUGUAAUCAACUAGAAGUUCUAGCCCACAAGUCUACAGGCUGCUUCAUGACUCACUGUGGGUGGAACUCAACAAUGGAGGCUUUGAGCUUGGGAGUGCCAAUGGUGGCAAUGCCUCAAUGGUGCGAUCAAACUACUAAUGCAAAAUUUGUUGCUGAUGUGUGGAGGACAGGGGUUAGGGUUAAGGUUGAUGAAGAAGGAAUCGUCACGAAAGAAGAAAUAGAGAUGUGUUUAAAGGAAGUUAUGGAAGGAGAGAUCAGAAAAAAUUGUGAGAAAUGGAAGAAACUUGCUAAAGAAGCAAUGGAUGAAGAUGGAAGUUCUGAUAAGAAUGUUGAGGAAUUUGUGGCAAAAUUAAUGCCUACUUCACAAUAGGGUUGUUCAUAUGUGUGUGUAUAGUUACUUUAAUUAAAAUACAUUAGCUAAUGUACAAGUUAUGUGAAUCAAUGACAGAGUCACGCACCAAAGUUAGGAGA